AGAAUAUGCGAAUAGUUUUAAGGCUUCUUGACUGCAUAGUUAGCCAGUUAGGUUUGAGCAAUACUUUUAAGACUUAUCUUGUUAGGGGAAAAAACUUAGCCUUCAGACAAGAUGACGCUGCGGAGGCAAAGCUGGUCCAAGUCCCCUCGCCGCACUAGCCAAACCUUGAACCGACGAGCACUCGUACAGUCUCUAAAACAAUUAUCCAAAGUCCCACAAACUGCCACAUCCCCAUCAGGCAAUGUUCUCUUUGGGGCAGCAUCCAAGGCAAACCUGAAGGUGGUGGUGAGGGUGCGGCCACUCAAUGCUAGGGAGCAGGCAAAUAAUGCCAAGACUGUGAUUGAGCUGGUGGAUGAACACAUGCUUGUGUUUGAUCCAAAGAAGGAGGAAGACAUAUUUUUUUAUCAUGGCGUAAAACAAAGGAGAGACAUAACAAAGCGGCAACACAAAGACCAAAAGUUUGUGUUUGAAAGAGUCUUUGGUCCUGAGUCAAGCAAUCAAGACAUAUUUGAGACAACCACCAAAGACCUUAUUGACACUCUACUUGAGGGAUACAACUGUUCGGUUUUUGCGUACGGAGCGACGGGUGCAGGCAAGACAUUUACAAUGGUGGGGCGGCAGGACUGCCCGGGCAUCACCCUGCUCACUCUCAUGGAGCUCUAUGCCCGCAUUGACGCCAUGGAGGCAGAGAACCCUGGCUCCAGUGUUGAAGUUGUGCUUAAGAAGAACGAGGGCAGCGGGUGUGGCUCGAUAAGCAACGUGUCGGUAGCCAAGCUCUCAAUGAUCGACUUGGCGGGCUCUGAGCGCGGCUCAUCCACGGGCUGUAAAGGGGCGCGCUUCAGGGAGGGCGCUAACAUCAACAGGAGUCUUCUGGCCCUGGGUAACUGCAUAAACGCGCUGGCCGACGGCAAGAGUCACAUUCCAUACCGAGACAGCAAACUCACGCGACUCCUGAAGGACUCGCUAGGAGGCAACUGCCGCAGUGUCAUGGUGGCCGCCGUGUCCAUGGCCUCUACCACAUUCGAGGACACCUUCAACACCCUCAGAUACUCCAACAGAGCCAAGACUAUCAAAACAACCUUGAAGAGGAACCAGAUGAGCGUCGAAACCCACGUUCAUCAAUACGUCAAGAUUGUAGAGACGCUCAAGCAAGAGGUGACGGCGCUCAAGGAGAAGCUUGCUGAGGGCGAACACCGAGAGUUGCGGCAAGCCAAGAAGUAUGAGGAGACCAUCGCUAGGCUCCAGGCGCAGCUUCAGAAAGUACAGAAGAAGAGCGCAAGCAACGACGCGGCUCCUGAGACGACACAAGAGACAGCAUCUCCGGCUGGGGAUGUUCCUGCAGCUGACACGUCUCCUCCCUCCUCUCCCUGCCCCGCCUCGUCCCCCGUCAACUGUGAGGAGAGAGAAGCGCUGAAGGAGCAGCUACACACCGUCUCGUCGCAGGUGUGUGCGUUGCAUCGGGAGUGGCUGCAGGUGAGCGGGUUUGAGCGAGAAUUGCAGUUGCGUUUGUACCUCUCGCGUAUCAAGACCUCACGCCUCGACAUCCUGGCCUCCUCUGCCAACAAGCUCAACAAGAGUUUGACGCGUUUACAGCGGCAAGAGAAGACGCUCAGCGACCGACUUACCCAGACUGUGUUUUGCCGCACGACCGCCGCCAAGAAGUUUUCGUCUGCCCAGCAGCAGUGGCAGGAGCUGCGGCAGCGUUGUGAGCAGCACGCACAGCUGCAUUGUUCCAGUCCUGAAUUGCAGCACAUUCUCGAUAAUGCACCGCUGCAGGAAGCGCUACGAGUGCAGGAACAAGAGGGGUCAUCCCUACGCGUAUUACUGAAGGAGAGCCUCGGUGAAGUGAAAGAAGGUCACCGCCUGCAAUGUCUCCUGCUUCAUGCAGUUGUUAGUCAUCUAAUUCCUUAA